AUGAGCGUGAGGGGGACCCACGGCGGCCGCCGGGGCCAGGCCGCCUACUCCCUGCGCAUCUACCCGCAGCUGGCGGCGGGCAGCGGCAGCAGCUCCUUGUCCUGCUGCGUGGGGGCCAGCAAGGACAGACCGGCUGCCGACGUGGUACGCGAGGCCGUGGCCAGCCUGUGCCUGGAUGCCACCAAGACCUACAUGCUGGUGGAGGUGAAGGAAACGGGCGGUGAGGAGUGGGCGCUGGACGCCGCCGACGCGCCCGUGCACCGGGUCUUGCUGUGGCCGCGCCGUGCCCAGGGCGAGCACCCGCGGGAGGAUGGCUACUUCUUCCUGCUGCGGGAGCGUGAGGGCCCCGGCAUGCCCGGGCCUCCCGCCACCCAGCCGCCCUGUGCCUCCUCGGCCGCCCGGCGCCUGGCUGAGCGAGGGCUGCUUCCCCGCGGGCCCGGCGAGCUGGACGACUUGUGUGACCUGCCCGAGCUGAGUGAGGCCCGUCUGCUGGACACCCUGCGGCAGCGCUUCCUGCAGCACAAGAUCUACACGUACGCGGGCAGCAUCCUGGUGGCCGUGAACCCCUUCAAGUUCCUGCCCAUCUACAACCCCAAGUACGUGAAGAUGUACGAGAACCAGCGGCUGGGCCAGCUGGAGCCACACGUGUUUGCUCUGGCCGACGUGGCCUUCCAUGCCAUGCUGCGCAAGCGGGCCAACCAGUGCCUGGUCAUCUCCGGCGAGAGUGGCUCGGGCAAGACACAGACCACCAACUUCCUCAUCCACUGCCUCACGGCCCUCAGCCAGAAGGGCCACGCCAGCGGCGUCGAGCGCACCAUCCUGGGCGCAGGGCCCGUGCUAGAGGCUUUUGGCAACGCCAAGACGGCCCAUAACAACAACUCGAGCCGCUUCGGGAAGUUCAUCCAGGUCAACUACCUGGAGAGCGGUGUGGUGAGGGGAGCUGUGGUGGAGAAAUACCUGCUGGAGAAGAGCCGCCUCGUCUCCCAGGAGAAGGAUGAGAGGAACUACCACGUCUUCUACUACCUGCUGCUCGGAGUCAGCGAGGACGAGCGACGAGACUUCCAGCUGCUGCAGCCCCAGGACUACUUCUACCUCAACCAGCAUGACUUGAAGAUCGAGGAUGGGGAGGAUUUGCAGCAUGACUUUGAGCGGCUGAAGCAGGCCAUGGAGAUGGUGGGGUUCCUGCCGGCCACCAGGAGGCAGAUCUUCGCGGUGCUCUCGGCCAUCCUGUAUCUGGGGAACGUGACCUACAAGAAGCGGGCGAGCGGGCGGGACGAAGGCCUGGAUGUGGGGCCUCCAGAGGUGCUGGACACUCUGUCCCAGCUGCUGAAGGUGAAGCGGGAGAUCCUGGUGGAAGUGCUGACCAAGAGAAAAACCGUGACGGCCAAUGACAAGCUCAUCCUGCCCUACAGCCUCAGCGAGGCCAUCACCGCCCGAGACUCCAUGGCCAAGUCCCUGUACAGCGCCCUGUUCGACUGGAUCGUGCUGCGGAUCAACCACGCUCUGCUCAACAAGAAGGACAUGGAGGAGGCCGUGUCGUGCUUGUCCAUCGGGGUCCUGGACAUCUUCGGCUUUGAGGACUUCGAGAGGAACAGCUUCGAGCAGUUCUGCAUCAACUACGCCAACGAGCAGCUGCAGUACUACUUCAACCAGCACAUCUUCAAGCUAGAGCAGGAGGAGUACCGGAGCGAGGGCAUUUCGUGGCACCACAUCGAGUACACGGACAACGUGGGCUGCAUCCAGCUGAUCAGCAAGAAGCCCACCGGGCUCUUCUACCUCCUGGACGAGGAGAGCAACUUCCCACACGCCACGAGCCAGACGCUGCUGGCCAAGUUCAAGCAGCAGCACGAAGACAACCGCUACUUCCUGGGCACCCCGGUGCUGGAGCCUGCCUUCAUCAUCCGGCACUUCGCGGGCAGGGUCAAGUACCAGAUCAAGGACUUCCGCGAGAAGAACAUGGACUACAUGCGGCCCGACAUCGUGGCACUGCUGCGUGGCAGCGACAGCUCGUUCGUGCGGCAGCUCAUUGGCAUGGACCCCGUGGCCGUGUUCCGCUGGGCCGUGCUGCGCGCGGCUGUCCGGGCCAUGGCCGUGCUCAGGGAGGCAGGACGCGUGCGCGCAGAGAGGGCAGAGGAGGCGGCGGCGGCUGCGGCCAAGGCAGCGACCAAGGCAGCGACAGUGGCCGCUGGUACUGGACCUCGAAGCCCUCUGGCAGAGCCUCAGAGAGUGACCGGAUCCCCGUCAGAGAAGCUGUACCGCGAUUUGCACGAUGAGAUGAUCCAGGCCCUCAAGGCGCUACCCUGGCAGGGGGGAGACCCCUGCAGGGUGCUCCAGACCCGUGAGUCAGAGGAUACGCCCGCCACCUACCCGCUGAAAAGUAAAAGUAUCAAACCAAAGCAGACGAUUCCCAAGAACCUGCUGGACUCCAAGUCCCUGCGUCUGAUCAUCAGCAUGACGCUGCACGACCGCACCACCAAGUCGCUGCUGCACUUGCACAAGAAGAAGAAGCCGCCCAGCAUCAGCGCCCAGUUCCAGGCAUCCCUCAACAAGCUUCUGGAGACACUGGGGAAGGCAGAACCGUUUUUCAUCCGUUGCAUCCGCUCCAACGCUGAGAAGAAAGAGCUGUGCUUUGACGACGAGUUGGUGCUGCAGCAGCUGCGCUACACGGGCAUGCUGGAGACCGUGCGCAUCCGCAGGUCUGGCUACAGCGCCAAGUACACCUUCCAGGACUUCACCAAGCAGUUCCAGGCUUUGCUGCCCAAGGAUGCACAGCCCUGCCGGGAGGCAAUCGCAGCACUGCUGCAGAAGAUGGACAUGGACCAAGGGGCUUACCAGAUCGGGAGGACCAAGGUGUUCCUGAAGGAGACGCAGCGGCAGGUGCUGCAGGAGACGCUGCACCAGGAGGUGGUACGCAGAAUCCUGCUGCUGCAGCGCUGGUUCCGGAUGCUACUGGAACGCAGGCACUUCCUGGCCCUGCGCCGUGCCGCCAUCACCAUCCAGGCCGCCUGGCGCUCCUGCCGCACCCGGCGUGCGCUGGAGCGGGCCCAGGCUGCCGUGAUCCUGCAGGCUGCUUGGCGCAGCUACCGGCAGCGCAAGGCCUACCUGUGCCAGAGGCGGGGCGUCAUCCGCCUGCAGAGCCUCUGCCGGGGCCACCUGCAGCGCAAGAGCUUCAGGCAGCUGAUAGCUGAGAAGCGGAUUCUGGCCGAGGAGAACCAGGCAGCCCAGCCUGCCGUGGGCGUGGAGCAAGAAGGGGAGGAGGUGGCAUCAGAACCCAACAACGAGGCUCUGUCUGAGACCUUGGAGAUUGAGACACCCCAGCCUGAGACGGAGAACAAGGCCCCCAGCGCCCCGAAAGCUGCGGUUGAGCAUCACGACAAAGCCAGCAGCCGCGAGAAGCGCGAGUCCCGCCGGCAACGGGGGCUGGAGCAUGUGGAACUGCAGAACAGGCACACGCAGGCCCCAUACCAGCUCGUCGUUGGUGCCAGGGCCGGGCAGGAUGGCGGGGAUGGGGCUGCCGCAGAGGCAGGGCCACAGCCGGACAGGACCAGUGUGGAGGCAAUCUCAGAGCCCGACAGGACCAAUGUAAGGGGGAGCCCAGAGCCCGACAGGACUGUCGCAGGGAUGGACCCAGAACUGGACAAGCCCACUUCGGUGGCGAUCCCGGAGCCCAACAGGACCAUCUCAUGGGCGUGCCCCCCUGCAACCACCAGUAGCCCCGUAUCCGGGGAACCCACAGAGGUGCUGCUGGAACGGCCCACCAGCCUUGACCUGGACAGUCGGGGCAGUGCCCCUGCCACAAGCAUCACCCCGUGGGCCCUUGGGGAGCAGCCAGGCAGCAGCCCUGGGCACCAGGAGUCGCCUGAGAGCCCUGGGGGUGGCAGUGGCGGAGGCUCAUGCCAGAUCCAGCGGCACCGGGACCAGGACUCGGAGCGCCUGGCCAACGCCGUGGAGCUGUGGCGGGGCAAGAAGCGGGCAGCCUCGGGCUCGGCCAUCCUCAGCCAGUCCCUGGACCUGGGCUCGAGGGGGGCUGCCACGUCUGGCUCACCCACACAGGAGAGACGCCCAUCCCUGCCCACUGGUGAUGUGACCAAGGCCUUGACAUCCCCUACACAGUCCAGGACCCAGCCGCCUGCAGAGAGUCUGGGUAGGGACCCCGGUAGCAGAAAGGCCGCCCAGAAGAAGAAAUCGAGUGACGCAGGGGCGACCAGCACUGACGCGCUGUCCCCAGGACCUCCGGCCGACUCCAAGUCCGCCUUCAAGAGGCUGUUUCUACACAAGAGUAAAGACAAGAAAUACAGCCUGGAGGGUGCUGAGGAGGCUGAGGCCAUGGGGCUACAGCAGGGCCCACUGGAAGCCACCACCAAGAAGCAUCUAGAAGCCCCAGCCAUCGACAAGCAGGGCCGGGAGCCGGGCGCCAAAGGGCGGAAGAGCCGCGCGCUUAAGGUGGGCCGCAUCACAGUGUCGGAGAGGUGGCGCGAGUCCGUGUUCCGGCAGAUCACCAACGCCAAUGAGCUCAAGUUCCUGGAUGAGUUUCUGCUCAACAAGGUGAAUGACCUGCGCUCGCAGAAGUCCCCCAUCGAGAGCCUGUUCAUCGAGGCCACCGAGCGCUUCCGCAGCAGCCUGAAGACCAUGUACUCCGUGCCGAACGGGAAGAUCCACGUGGGCUACAAGGACCUCCUGGAGAACUACCACAUCGUGGUGAGCAGCCUGGCCACCGAGCGUGGCGAGAAGGACCCCAACCUGGUGCUCAACGUCUUCCAGUCGCUGCUGGACGAAUUCACGAGGACCAAGAGCGACUUUGAGCCGCCCCCCAAGAGCAAAGCCCAGAAGAAGAAGCGGAAGCAAGAACGUGCCGUCCAGCAGCAUAAGGGGCACGUGUUUGCCAGCUACCAGGUGAGCAUCCCGCAGUCGUGCGAGCAAUGUCUCUCCUACAUCUGGCUCAUGGACAAAGCCCUGCUCUGCAGUGUGUGUAAAAUGACCUGCCACAAGAAGUGCGUGCCCAAGAUCCAGACCUACUGCUGCUACACCUCGGGGACCAAGGCCGAGCCUGGUGCCGAGCCAGGCCACUUCGGCGUGUGUGUGGACAGCCUGACCAGUGACAAGGUCUCCGUGCCUGUGGUGCUGGAGAAGCUUCUGGAACACGUGGAGAUGCACGGCCUGUACACUGAAGGCCUCUACCGGAAAUCUGGGGCGGCCAACCGCACCCGGGAGCUCCGGCAGGCGCUGCAGACAGAUCCCACGGCCGUGCAGCUGGAGAACUUCCCCAUCCACGCGGUCACGGGUGUCCUCAAGCAGUGGUUGCGUGAACUGCCUGAGCCACUCAUGACCUUCGCGCAGUACAGUGACUUCCUCCGUGCUGUGGAACUGCCCGAGAAGGCGGAGCAGCUGUCGGCAAUCUACUCGGUGCUGGAGCACCUGCCCGAAGCCAACCACAAGUCCCUGGAGCGCCUGAUCUUCCACCUGGUCAAGGUGGCCCUGCUGGAGGAGGUCAACCGGAUGUCUCCUGGCGCCCUGGCCAUCAUCUUCGCCCCCUGCCUCUUGCGCUGCCCCGACAACUCGGACCCUUUGACAAGCAUGAAGGAUGUCCUCAAAGUCACCACGUGCGUGGAGAUGCUCAUCAAGGAGCAAAUGCGGAAGUACAAGGUGAAGAUGGAGGAGAUCAACCAGCUGGAGGCCGCGGAGAGCAUCGCCUUCCGCAGACUCUCCUUCCUGCGGCAGAACUCUCCAUGGCCUCUCAAACUGGGGUUCUCGUCUCCCUAUGACGGGAACAAGACUUCAAAAACCCGGACGGACGGCGCUAGCCCUGAGGAGCUGGGGGCGCUGCUGGAGGAGGAGGAGGCCGGCGGCGGCGGCGACGAGGACCAAGAGAAGGAGAUUCUCAUCGAGCAGCUACAGUCCAUCAAGGAGGAAAAGGAGGACAUCACGUACCGGCUGCCGGAGCUGGACCCACGUGGCUCGGACGAGGAGAACGUGGACUCGGAGACUUCGGCGAGCACCGAGAGUUUGCUGGACGAGCGCGGAGGGCGUGGAGUGGGAAGCAGCAGCGGCCCGGCUGAAGGGCCCCCCACGCCGGGUGUCCCCUGCCCCAGCUCGCCCGCCCCGAGCCCCCUCCCCACGCUGGGCGGCCCCCAGCCACGACGGCCGUCGUGUUCCCUGACGGUCAGAGUGAAGACGCCCCGGAGGACGCCCGUCAUGCCCACGGCCAACAUCAAGCUCCCGCCCGGUCUGGCCUCGAGCCUAGCCGGCCUCGCCCGAGCCACUCCAGCGGCUUCUGUCCCCGUGAGGCGCCGUGAACCGCCCGCCCGCCGGCCCGACCUGGUGCAGUCGGUGUACAUGGUGCCCGGCGCCCACUUGCCCGUGCAGGGCCUGCCCGAGCCCCUGGACUUGAAUGCUGACCCAGACCCAGACGAACCAUCGCCAAGGGCCAAGCGGAGGUACUCGGAUCCCCCCAUGUACUGCCUGCCCCCCGCCUCGAGCCAAGCCAAUGGCUGAUAGUUCCCCCUGCGGACCAGCCCCCAGCCAACCUGGGACAUCCAGAAAAAGGUUCUGGAAUGCAGCUCCCUGGAAGGGGAGCUCCUAGCCCGGGACCCGCAUACGGGAGAGAGCAGGAGGCCCGGCUGCCCCUGCCCCUCCUGCCCCGGGCACCUCUGUUGU